AUGAGUCAAGAUAUUGCUGAAAUUGAAGUAGCUCGAUUAAAAGCUAGAAAAGCACUAGUAACAUCAGACUUAUCGACAGACCAUAAAAAUAUAAUUGAAAAGAAAAAUCACACAUCCACACAGCAAAAACGUUAUUUAAACAAUUUUAAACCACCAAGUCCACCUUUAUUUAGUUUGAGUUGUGAUGAAUUUGAUGGAGAUGAUUCAGAUGUGGACAAAUCAUAUAACCCAAAAAUGUAA